UUAUAGGAGCUGCCUUCUGUUGAAGAACUCACUAUUAUUCUGCCUGAAGAUAUUGAAUUAAAACCUCUUGGGAUGGUUUCAAGUAUAAUUGAACAAUUAGUAAUAAUUGAGUCUAUGAAUAACCUACCUCCAGUUAAUGAGGAGACUGUAAUUUUUAAAAGUGAUCGACAAGCAGCAGGAAAGAUAUUUGAAAUAUUUGGACCUGUUGCACAUCCGUUUUAUGUGUUACGGUUUAAUUCUUCAGAUCACAUUGAAAGUAAAGGUAUUAAAAUAAGGGAGACUAUGUAUUUUGCUCCAUCAAUGAAAGACUUCACCCAAUAUAUAUUCACAGAAAAACUAAAACAGGAUAGGGGAUCAGAUGCAUCAUGGAAGAAUGAUCAGGAACCACCACCAGAUGCCUUAGACUUCAGUGAUGAUGAAAAAGAAAAAGAAGCCAAACAGAGAAAAAAAUCUCAGAUUCAAGGCCGGAAAAAACUCAAAUCUGAAUUUAAUGAGCCAGGUGAAGAUUUUGCUGAAGUUCAUCAGAAUUGGAAUGCUUAUAGCCCUUCUUCAGAACAUUCAAAAGGAUAUCGCAACAGGGAAUUCACACGAGGAUUUUCUAGGGGUAGAUACCCUCGAUCUUGCCACAGCAGGCCUCCAGCUCAGCAGUUUUAUAAUUCAGAACAUAUGGUAUCUCAAGAGACUUUGGGAUUUCCACCUCAGAGACAAGAUAAUCCUAUUAUGCCACAAUACCCCUUUCCUCCGCCUGUGUUUGACAUGCAUAACUUUCCACUUCCUCCACCACCUCCAUCUAUAAACAUGGGUUGGGCUGCACCUAACAUGGCACCUCAUCCAAUGCUUAACUUACCAUACUCCUUGCCCCCGCCUCCCCCUCCUCCACCACUACCUCCCCCACCCACUCCUGGAGAUAGUAAUUCUUCUCAUUUUGGAUCUUACUAUUAGGUGCAUGUAUGCAUUUCCAGCGAAAUGUAAACUUAUCAUAUGCUAAGGAUUUUUUUUUUAAGG